GUUUUGUUUGUUGUUGACUUGCCCAAUUUGUUGCCGUACAAAACCGAAUAUUGUGUGAGGUGGUACUCAAAUUUUAGCUCAAGUGGUGUUUUGAGCUAAUCUGGUUGGGUAAGCCUAAAAAACACCUGUAAAAUCUCCUGCACUUGGUGCAUACAAAAUGCAGCCGAUGGGGGUGUGGCACGCGGCGCACGCCGGCCUGUACGCGGCCACCGCCGGCCUCACGGGCAAGUUUGCCGCCUCCUACAGCGAGGCCCACUGGCUCUGUCUGGUGGUCUCCAAGUUCCUCAUGUUCUCCGGCGCUGUGCAGCCUCAGCUGGGAUUCUGUGAUGAGCGUGUGACCCUGUUCCGGGUGGCCAUGUUUGUGCUGACGCUGCUGGUGAACGCGCUGCUGUGGACCACCUUCAGCAAGGCGCUGCGACACUCGGCAUCCUCCCUGGAGGCCAUCGUCAUCACCACCGCCUCCAACAUGCUCAUCACGGCCGUCAUCAGCCAGGUGCUGUUUAGUGAGACGCUGGGCGUGCUCUGGUGGUCUGGCCUGGUACUGGUCGUGUUCGGACUGGCCCUCAUCCACGCCGGUUCGGUGCAGCUGGCGCAGAAGCGGCGCAAACACAGAUGAUGGCUGUGUCGGUGCGGGGCGGCCGCCGCGCUGGUCCGCCUCGCACUGCCGCGCGGCACCAAAAUACGCCUGUAGGUGCCGCGGGAGCAGCAGAAGGGACAGGAGUGGCGAGGCAGGAGUGGUAGGGAUAGACGUAAACGUCACCGCAGGAGCAGGGGAAGUCCCAGGAGCAGGAGUCGAUUUUACUCCUACACACAACAUGCUUUGUGUGUGAUAGUUGCAGUUGGACCUGCGGAAGGCUUCUGCAGAGUCUGAGUAGAUGAUAACGGACCUCCGGGCUACGAGGACUGUGGAGUGUGGGAAUCGGCGACCUACGCCGCCGAAGUGUGCGGUUUGUGAUGGUAAUGUUGAAUUUGAGACGCAUUCCAACUGAUUUAACUGUAAGUGCAGGCCGGGUAAAUGACAUGACUGAUUAAUAGAUAACGUGGCAGGUGGAUAAAUGACAGGUCAACCUUUGCGAUCGCCAUGCAACGAUUGUUGAUUUUUUAUAUUUGUUAAAGGGUA